GUUUAGUUGAAAGUAAAACGCUCCAAAUUUUACUUUCACUUGCUCCUAACACAAGUACGAUAUCAGAAGCCAGCAUGCAUUAACAGUAUAUCAAUAACUUCGGUUCGAUGAAAACGUGUGGUUUGCAGGAUCCUGCCUUCGAACAACUUUGUCAUGCACCCGCUUUACCAGAUGCUGCGUUUCAUUCUGUUUGUUCUUUUGCUUCGGCUUCGUAUGUCCCACGCUCACGAUGUUCGACCGAUUGAUCAGGACAAAGCCCCACUCAGAAUGGUGGCGACCGAAGAGGUGGACUCGCGAGAGGUGGAAGAAGCGCUGACCAAGCUGCACUUUGCUCUGCUGGUGGAGUCACGUCAACAAGAAGGAGAAUCCCUGAAUGAUACCAGCAUCGGUGGUGAUCUGAACCGUCAAAAGUUCGCGGAACUUGUGACAAAAAUCAACGACGAAGCGAAUCUGCUCAGAAGUCAAGCAUUGAUUCUAUCAAAGGCGUACCAAGUGCUACUGGUCAAAUAUAAGGAUGCAACAAAACAACUGAAGAACUGUUCGCGGAGCAGCAAUGAAAAUGAUUCUACUACACAAGGGAACAACGUUGCCUUCAAAUCUAUAUCCGAGUAUGGAAUCGAAUCAACUUCUCCAUGUCCCAUCUUAGAAGGUACCAGCAAAAGAAAACCAGCGGCAUGCAUCUGCAAUUGUCGAUUCCCGUCAACUUCUCCAGCGGGACAUUCGGAAUCGAAUGCCGUGGGGAAUACUUACUAUUACUACAAUACCUACUACACCCCGGAAAGCGUCGGUUCUUCCUCUAACAACGGUCAGCCCAACGUAGAACCUCCUUACUCUUUCGGUUUACAACCGGCAGCAUAUCCAACACCGAAUGAAAUCAAUGAUUCCGAUGACCCUGCUGACGCACCGAUCAGGAAUCGUCCUGGCUCACAUUCGGCAUACGAUGCGUUGCAGGAUCUGGAGCAACAUUUGGACCAGAAAAUCGAACGAUGGAAACGAACGUUUUUCGAUCGCCAUGAACGACGCAGACUGGAAAAGUUGUACACGCCGGAACAGAUUCGAUCUAUGUUCACACAAUGGCAACGGGAACAGGGACACGGUAAAGCCGCUGAAACUUUUUCGGACGAUGGUUGGCAAGAAAGGGGAGUUUCGAGGAACGUGCUGCCAAACGAAUAGAGAGCUUUGUACACUUCAUGUUGAGUCACAAUGACUCUGGAACACAUUGCGUAGUUGCUAGUAUUUAUUUGUAUGAGGUCAAAUUGAGUGAAGUGUAAAUAUACUUAGUGUUAGUAGUUGGAUGAGUUUUA